CAGACCUGUUGAGUUUCGAGAAUAGGAGAAUAGACAUAGCAGAAGCCGACCCCGCGUGCCUUGCCUGGGCGCAUGUUUUCCGCAGCAGCGUGCGGACUUUAGAUAACCGAGGGCUGAGAAGUGACCCAGCGGCUGUGGAGAUCUACCUGCAUCAUGGGCCACAACACCCAAGUCACCGUUUCUGGGUACGGACAAGUAUCCCUGUUCAAGAGCAUAGCAUUUUCUGUCUGUGGAUUUCAUCCCGUCGACCGUCCGGGAGCGGGGAAAGAGUACACGACUUAAAAAGGACCACCAUGGUUCUCGGAUCUGUCAGUAGCACCUCGUCUCCAACUGCCUCAGUCACUAGACCUCACACUGUCUUGUCCAAGUCACGAUUGCACAAUGGGUUCAAACCCGCAACAGCUCUCUAGGACCAGAGAUUUUACCCGGUCCACAGUGGUUAUUGUCGGGGCGGGCAUAUCUGGCAUGUGCACGGCCAUCGAUCUUAUGAGACGCAGCAAAUGCCAUGACUUCAUUAUACUCGAAAAGGGUAGCAGGGUUGGGGGCACCUGGAACGACAACCGGUACCCAGGUGCCUGUUGCGACAUCUGGAGUUCCCUAUACAGUUAUUCGUUCGAGCAGAAGGCCGACUGGACAAGGGAAUAUCCCGGCCAGGAAGAGCUUCUUGAGUACCUCACAGGCGUUGCCCAGAAAUACGGACUAUACAAGUUCAUCCGGUUCAACUCUGCGGUGCAAGAAGCGCGCUGGGACGACUCAGCCCUAAAAUGGAAGAUCAAAGUCAAGGUUUCCGGGGACAAGGACAGUCAGUUUGUCGACUCGUACGAAGUCACUGCCGAUUUUCUUGUAUCAGCUGUCGGCCAGCUCAAUGUCCCCCAACAGCCAAAUAUCCCGGGGCUUGAUUCCUUUCAGGGAAAGCUCAUGCAUUCUGCUCGGUGGGAUUGGAGCUAUGACUUGACGGGAAGAAGAGUCGCAGUCAUUGGCAAUGGAGCAUCGGCCGCCCAGAUCGUCCCCGAGAUAGCAAAGAGCGCGUCGCAGGUUACGGUCUACCAGCGGCACCCAAACUGGGUGAUCCCACGGCAGGACCGCGUUAUCGGUCCCAUCGAGCGCGCCCUCUUGAAUUACAUCCCUCCGCUCCGCUGGCGCAAACGGGCAGAGAUGAUGGACUACCGUGAGUCGUUCUACGAGGCGGUUACAGAUAGUGAGUCGGCAUUUGCGGGAGAAAUCCGGAGGAUGUGCAUUACAUCCAUGCAGGCUCAACUGCCCGACAAGCCAGAGCUAUGGAAAAGCCUGACUCCUGACUACUCGCCGGGCUGUAAGCGCGUUCUCAUGUCCGAUGAUUACUAUCCUGCCCUGAACCGGAAACAUGUCUACCUGGAGACGCGGCCGAUAAAGCGCAUUACCGGGACGGGGAUUGAGACUCUGGACAACGAACUCCGGGAAUUCGACCUCAUAGUCACCGCCACGGGAUUCAGGAGCGUCGAGUUCCUCUAUCCGAUUCAGAUUCACGGCGUGAACGGCAGGGCUCUGUCGGACAUUUGGAAGGAUGGAGCGGUGGCCUACUGUGGAAUGACGGUGGAGGACCUGCCCAAUUUUGCGAUGCUCUAUGGCCCGAAUACCAAUCUUGGUGCGUUCUUCAGGGCAACUGGCAUGAUCUUCCUCUGGCUAACCGGAGAAAAACAGGACAUAACUCCAUUAUCCUGAUGAUUGAAGCCCAGUCCCGGUAUAUCAGCACCCUGGUUAGCCAGAUUAUUCUCGCUCAGAGACGCGGUGCUACCCUCGCACUGCGACCCAAGACGGAGGCUUUACAACUCAGCAACGACCAAGUUCAGUCCAUCUUGAGGAAGAGUAGUUUCGCCGAUCCCAAAUGCAACAGCUGGUACAAGACAGAAGAUGGCCGAAUCACGAACAACUGGUCCGGCACUGUGGUAGAGUACCAGAAACAGCUGUCGAGCGUGCGAUGGGACGAUUACAUCGUAGAGGGCACGGCAAAGCCUCUCAUGGAGAAAAAAAGGGCAACGAGUAUUGGGCGCGUUAGAGAAGAGACUUUUGUCGGCAGGGCAUCGUUACUGCUGGGCAUGGCCAGCCUUCUGGUUGCUCUGGGGAGCUACUACACCAAGGGUAGCAUUCUUCUGAGAUGAAGCGUAUUCA